AUAUACGUCACAUACAAGUGAAAUUAUCCUCAGCCUCCAUUUUAUUAUUUGCAAAUAUUAUUGUAAAAUUCGUAAUAAUAUCCAUUUAAAUAAACUGUUUAUAUUUCAGGUGACACAUUGGAAGUAGCGAGGCUACGCCCAAAUUUCUGUCGUGGAUUGUUUAAUUUGCCUUCAACAUAGGCCUAUCAGACACCGCCGUUAUGGAUAUGAUGGUAUCGACCUUGCAACAGCAGCGAGCCGUGACUGAGCAGCUGCGGAGAGAGGCAGCCAUAAAGCGCAUCCCCGUGUCGUCGGCGGUGGCCGAUAUCGUGCGCUAUAUCAAUGAACACGAACAGGAGGACUGCCUGCUCGUCGGCUUCUCCAGUCAAAAAGUCAACCCUUUCCGCGAAAAAAGCUCGUGCACUGUUCUUUAAGAAAGUAUUUUACGUGUAACUUGCUUUCAUUUUGAAUCUUAU